AUGUUCAUUGCACGAUCAGAAUAUGACCGUGGAAUCAACACCUUCUCCCCAGAAGGUCGUUUGUUCCAGGUCGAAUACUCUCUAGAAGCUAUCAAACUAGGCUCCACCGCCAUCGGAGUAGCAACAUCCGAGGGUGUCAUCCUUGGUGUUGAGAAGCGCGUUACAUCUACGCUGCUCGAAGCGUCGUCUGUCGAGAAGAUCGUCGAAAUCGAUCAGCACAUCGGCUGUGCCAUGUCCGGUCUGCAGGCCGAUGCCCGCAACCUGGUUGAGCACGCCCGCGUUGAGUGCCAAAAUCACGCGUUCCACUACGCCGAGCCUCUGCGAGUCGAGAGCACCACACAAGCAAUUUGCGAUUUGGCCCUGCGAUUCGGUGAGAGCGGUGAUGACGAGGAGAGUGUCAUGAGUAGGCCUUUUGGUGUUGCGCUGUUAAUCGCCGGUUACGAUGAGGACGGGCCCCAACUAUACCACGCUGAACCAUCCGGCACAUUCUACCGAUAUGACGCCAAGGCCAUAGGCUCGGGAAGCGAAGGCGCGCAGGCGGAGCUGCAGAAUGAAUACCAUAAGUCUUUGACUCUGGUAGAGGCCGAGAUGUUAGUCCUCAAGACACUGAAGCAGGUCAUGGAGGAGAAGCUUGAUUCGAAGAACGUCCAGCUGGCCAGUGUCACCAAGGAGAAGGGUUUCCGUAUCUACAAUGAUGAGGAGAUGGGCCACGCUGUCACACAGCUGGGUGGCAACCAAUGA